CUCCGCGAUUUUCCAACCGGCCCCCCCCCUUCCUCCUCUCUCUUUCUCUUGCUGCUCAUCCACAUUACAGCUAAGCUCUUCCAUCCAUUGCUCGCUCGACGUUUGCACCGCUCGAACCCCCCUCCCACUUCUCCUUCAUCAUGCUGCGAUCACCCACGAGGACAGCUUUGAGAAUGGCAUCGUCCUCUGCCAUCCGACGGACGGCAACCAGGGGAAUCUGUAGAAGCUCUCAGGCGCCUCUCUCUCACGCUCUUCUUGCGCUCAUCCCUAGACCUCUGUUCCGGGCUUCAUUUCACUCAUCAGCCAUUUUCCUUGACGAGGUUGUCAAGGUUCCUCAGAUGGCAGAAUCUAUAACAGAGGGAACUUUGAAACAAUGGAGCAAGGCAGUGGGCGACUUUGUCAAGCAAGACGAGGAGAUUGCGACUAUUGAGACUGAUAAGAUCGACGUCUCGGUCAACGCCCCGAAAUCUGGGAAAAUCACUGAGCUGCUCGUGGAAGAGGACUCCACCGUGACAGUAGGACAAGAUUUAUUCAAGAUUGAGCCCGGUGAGGAUUCGGGAGAUAGUGAACCAAAAGCUGCUCCAGAGGGAGGCGCUCGAUCGGAACCGAAGAACCCGGAGGAAGGAAACAAGGACGAUGCUGCCCCAGCUGCGAACAAGGAGAAGGGUGCAGGCGAAGUCAAGGAGAGCAAACCAGAUCAGCCAAAGAAGGAGGAGAAGCCAGCUCAAGAGAAAGUCAAAGAGGAGAAACCUGCCCCACCGAAGCAGGAAAAGGCACCUGCGAAGAAGGAGGACAAGGCACCAAAGACUGCGGGAACGAGAGGAGAGACUAGGGUCAAAAUGUCCAGAAUGCGUCAGACUAUCGCUCAACGACUCAAGGCCUCUCAAAACGCCGCUGCUUCCCUCACCACCUUUAACGAGAUUGACAUGUCUUCCAUUAUGGAGUUCCGGAAAUUGUACAAGGAUGGAAUCCUCAAGGCGGACGGUGUAAAACUUGGAUUCAUGUCUGCUUUCGCUCGAGCGUCUUGUCUUGCUUUGAAAGAGAUCCCAGUCGCCAACGCCAGUAUUGAGGGCGACUCUAUCGUUUACAGGGACUAUGUGGACAUCAGUGUCGCUGUCGCUACUCCAAAAGGUCUCGUCACGCCAGUCGUCAGGAAUGCCGAGGAGAUGGGUUUGAUAGAUUUGGAAAAGGCAAUCGCAGAGCUGGGUAAAAGGGCUCGUGAUGGGGCUCUGGGUAUUGAGGACAUGUCUGGCGGAUCCUUCACAAUCUCCAAUGGUGGAGUCUUUGGAUCCUUAUUUGGUACACCGAUCAUCAACUUGCCACAAGCUGCAGUCCUCGGAAUGCACACCAUCAAAGAACGGCCUGUGGUUGUGAAUGGCAAAAUUGAGAUCAGGCCCAUGAUGUACGUGUGUUUGACAUACGACCACAGGCUACUGGAUGGUAGAGAAGCGACUACAUUCUUGGUCCGCGUCAAAGAGUAUAUCGAGGACCCGAGAAGAAUGCUCCUACCAUCUCCUGUGUAGAUAUCUGCAGUCCAAGACUACCCUCAGGGCACGGAGCGGCGAGGCAGUAGUCGAGGAAGGAACAGAGAAAGAAAGAGGAGGUAGAGUAGGACGGACGACCUUGCGGAGCUCGGAGGCUCCACGAGGAGAAAUAUUGAUCAGUACGCAUAGCCAUUCGUACCUGGAAUCCAUUGCAUACGCUGUGAGCCUGUGGAA